UAUCAGAUGUGAUCACACGAUGCGUUUCUGAAGUGAUGCGUCGAGAAGCCGCUCGGAGUUCCUCACACAGCAUCCGGAGCGGCGAGGACACUUUUCAUUCUCAAUUCACAACAGCUUUCUCAGACAAAACGAAUCAAUGCACUAACGUCUGAGUAUAUAAUACACACACGCACACACACACACGCCGUAGUGUGAGCGACGCACCACUGGGGGGGAACCGACACACCCCUACGAGGACCGUGUCGCUGGAGGGAAAUAGCUCUGGCGACUUCACCCGCCGGCUGAAAGACGACGGCGGGAGCUCGGCCGGUCUAACGCGUCCAAUGGAUGUACCUGGAGAGGCGGCGGCUUCUCCUUCGUCCCGCCCGACCCGCUCCGCCGCUUGGCCGCAGGACGCCGCUCUCUGAGAGACAUGGGCACCGCGCUGACGUCUCCCAGCCGACUCCCCGCAACACUAUGGUGAAGGUGUGUGCCAAGACUACCCUGCGCAACGUUGCCCGCCUCUCCGUCAGCCGCCCGUCUUCCGCGCGAAGCCAGUCGUCAGGUCGACAGCAGCGCGUCCCUCUCUCGGCUCUCUGGGGGCCGUCGGUAUUUAUGAAGAGACACUGAGAGGAAAAGUUGCCGAUACAGGGUUUCUCCCGUCAUUCGGGGGAUUUAUCAGGCUGGAGGCGAGUCGCUUCAAAUCGCCCGCACCUCUCCAAUUCACAGCGCAGCGGUAUGGUGGCGAGGGAGUCCACCGUUUCCUCAUAAUCACCACUCCAUGCGCCUGACCUCUCCCCUGAGCCCCGUGGCCCCCUCACCCCGCGCAGGACCCCGCUCCAAACACCCCCCCUAGCCUGCCAUGCUCCUCCGGGCCGUGUUGCUGCUGCUGCUGCACUGCCUGGCCUCCACGCGCGGCCAGUACGAACUGUGCAAGUCCCUGGUGAGCACGGAUGAGGGCUCGGUGUGGGAGCAUUACGCGUGCCAGCCGAAAACCGCCUCCAUGAAAGACUACAUGCGGAUCAAGGUGGACCCGCCCGGGAUCACCUGUGGAAACCCGCCGGAGAGGUUCUGCACUCUGGAGAACCCAUACCUGUGCAGUGACGAGUGUGACGCCUCUAACCCAGACUUGGCUCAUCCUCCGCAGCUGAUGCAGGAUAAAGAACGCAACGGCUUGCUCACCUAUUGGCAGACGGUCACAUGGAGACGCCACCCAGAGCCCCUGCUGGCUAACAUCAGUUUGUCAUGGAACAAGAGUCUGGAGCUCACAGACGACAUCCUGAUCACCUUUGAGUACGGCCGUCCCACCAUCAUGGUACUGGACAAGUCCAUGGACCAUGGACGCUCCUGGCAGCCGUACCAGUUCUUUGCCGACGACUGCCUGGACGCCUUCAACAUGCCGCCCAGACGAGUGCGCGACCUCUCGCCCGCCAACAUCACGCGGGUCAUCUGCACUGAGCAGUACUCGCGCUGGGUCGGCUCCAAGAACGACAAGAAUGUGAAGUUUGAGGUGCGGGCGCGCUUCGCCGUGUUCGCCGGAGCCCGGCUACAGAACAUGGACAGUCUGUACACGCGCAUGGAAAGUAUGAAGGGACUGAGGGACUUCUUCACCUUCACCAACCUUAGGUUGAGGCUUCUCAGGCCUGCCCUCGGGGGCACCUAUGUCCAGAGGGACAACCUGCUCAAGUACUUCUAUGCCAUCUCAAACAUCGAGGUACCUGCCAGGUGUAAGUGUAACCUCCAUGCCUCCCAGUGCCUGUUGCUGGAUGGGAACCUCCAGUGCCAGUGUGAACACAACACCACGGGUCAGGACUGCCAGCGCUGCAGGAAGGGCUUCAAAGCCAAGUCCUGGAAGGCCGGUUCCUACCUGCCCACACCUAACGGAUCCCCCAACACCUGUACAAUUGCUGGUUCCCCCUCCGGUUCUAACUGCGAGUGCUACGGCCACUCCAACCGCUGCAGCUACAUCGACUACCUGAACAUCGUCACGUGCGUCAGCUGCAAGCACAACACCAGGGGCCAGAACUGCCAACACUGCAGACUGGGAUACUUCCGCAACGCCUCUGCUGAACUGGAUGAUGAGAGCGUCUGCGUCGAGUGUAACUGUAACCAGAUGGGUUCAGUCCAUGACCGGUGCAACAGCACAGGCUUCUGCCAGUGCAAAGAUGGAGCCACGGGGGCCAAGUGUGACGACUGUCUGCCGGGCUACUACUGGAAACAAGGCUGUUACUCUAACGUCUGCGACGAAGAGAUGCUCCUGUGCCAGAACGGAGGAACGUGCAACCAGAACCAGAAGUGCAUCUGUCCUCCUGAGUUUAAGGGGGUACUGUGCCAACAGUCCAGCUGCGAGGCGGGCAAAGACUGCAACGCUGCCUCUUCGCUGCAACUCUCUACGGCCAACCUGCUGCUCUGCACUCUGCUAGCCCACCUGCUGGCAAUGUUAACCCCCCACUGAGCCAAGAAACCCCCCCCCCAGACCAAGGAGUGUAUGUAUAUGUGUGUGUCCGUGAGGCGAAGGGGAGACCCAGAGUAGGUAGGGCCGUCUCAGUCAUGGACCCGAUGAACACACACUACAGCACUCGCAAAAGAGCACACACUCAUGCAACACUUUCAAACACACACAACACACACACACACACACACACACAUACACCUCACAGGACUGUUAUGCUAGCGAGUGUGUGCUGAGGUGUGAGAAGAAGGACAAACAGAAAAAAAGAGGAGUGACCUCAGAGAAAAGAGAUGCAGAGAAAUGGGGGAAAUAAUCAUACCAACCACUGUUCCCUUUAUUCCUGAGCUGAAGCAACGUGCAUCAAACCAAAAAGCAUAAAAACAAAACACUUCAAUCACCACUGUUUCACUUCAAAGGGAAUGGCUGUUGUAACCACAAGGACCUUUUUCUUUUCUGUUUUAAUCUCUUUUUUUCUUGGUUGAGUUAGGAAUGUCACCUCUGUCAGUCUGACGGCCAGUGUGUGUGUGUGUGUGUGCGUGCGUGUGUGUGGUCGGACUCGGUGAGAGGACGAGACACGCCGACACGACGGACGGGUCGGGAGGCGGGGUGUGCGUUCGAUCCUGCUGCUCAGGCCUACAUAGUAUAUCAGCCAGGUUUCAUUUCUUCUCAACGGAUGAGACUUGAUUUUACAUUUAUUCUCCUUCUGCUGCAUUUUUAUUUUUAUUUUUCAAAAAAAAUUAUAUCGUCAGUCAUUGUAUUCUAAUGUGCCCACUUACAGUCGCUGAGAUUGUACAUAUUAUAUAAUAUCCAGGGGGGUUACCAAUUAUAAGAAAUUUAGUCACUAUUAUGGUUGUUAUAGGAAUGAGUGAUUGUUGCCACACUUAGCGAGAUUUAAUCUUCACACAGUAUUCAGGAAGCAGAAUUUAAGAGAAUUUAACUUACCAGAAGUCUAAAAGAGAGAAGAGAUAUCAACCACGUAUCAAUAUUAUAUGACAUUAUUUGACUAUUUUUUUGUAGAAAUUAUUUUUGUUCGGAGUUACAAUAAAUUAUAAAAAAAAUGUACAUCUAUUCCAAAUGAGCAUUUUAUUACACUGAGUGUAAACCAGUAAAUAUGACUGUUAUUUGCCUUCUUGCUUGUACUUUUUUUCCCAUUCAAUCAAGUGUCCGCGGUGUCAUGCUGUUAACUUUGUUUUUUUCCCAGCGCUGUGAAAAAAAAAGAGCCAUCAAACGAGAUGAGACGAGAAAGUCAUCACUCCGAGUCCAGCGUUUGAUCUAUUUCAGUCACUUUGGACAUGGUGUUGAAUGCUCAUUAUCACAAAUGGAUUAUUCCAACUUGGAAUCCAACAGCCUGUCUGACAAUCACAAAGAACUGCUUUACUGUCCAGAGAAUAUAAAUUGUUUUACUCUGAUAA